GAAUCAGAAGGACCCACUUAGGUAGAAAGUUGUUUCUCCCGAUUAUAAAGAAAGUAAACUAUACAGCCGUAACUUAUAUACCACAGUUGACGUAUGAAAAUAAAUUUUGUGGCCUAUUUAAGUAUUUAGGUCGCUCUCUAAUAGCCUUUUAGGUAGUACGACUUGUUCACGAUGGACUAAAUAUACACAAUUUUAGUAAAGUUUUAAUAAAAUCCCGAGACAGUGGCUGUAAGGCAUUAUGGCAGGCGUGAUCCGGAGGCUGGAUGAGACCGUUGUGAACCGCAUUGCUGCUGGAGAAGUCAUUCAACGACCUGCUAAUGCGAUUAAAGAAAUGAUUGAGAACUGUCUGGAUGCAAAGUCCACCAACAUUCAGGUGAUUGUCAAAGAGGGAGGACUGAAGCUGAUCCAGAUUCAGGAUAAUGGCUCUGGAAUUAGGAAAGAAGACCUGGAAAUUGUUUGUGAGAGGUUUACAACAAGCAAGCUUCAGACUUUUGAGGAUCUUGCAUCUAUUUCAACUUACGGUUUCAGAGGAGAAGCACUUGCCAGCAUAAGCCAUGUAGCCCAUGUUACAAUUACCACAAAAACAGCAGAUGGAAAAUGUGCCUACCGAGCAAGCUACUGUGAUGGGAAACUGAAAGCCCCAGCGAAACCUUGUGCUGGAAACCAAGGGACACUGAUCUCAGUAGAAGACCUGUUCUAUAAUGUACAAACCCGAAGGAAAGCCCUUAAAAGCCCCAGUGAAGAAUACUCCAGGAUUGUGGAAGUAGUAAGUAGAUAUGCUGUUCACAAUUCUGGGAAAAGCUUUACUGUCAAAAAGCAAGGAGAGAUGGUGGCUGAUGUGAAGACUUUCACCACUGCCUCAGUUUUGGACAACAUUCGGGUGGUUUUUGGAGUAGCACUAAGCAGGGAGUUGAUGGAAGUGGGGUGUGAGGAUCAGAAGCUUGCUUUCAGACUGAAGGGUUAUAUCUCAAAUGCCAACUACUCUGUCAAGAAGUGUAUCCUCAUCCUGUUCAUCAACCAUCGUUUAGUGGAAUCCAGUGCCUUGAAGAAAGCAAUUGAGACCGUUUAUACAGCAUAUCUUCCCAAAAACACACAUCCUUUUCUUUAUCUCAGUUUGGAAAUUGCACCUCAUAAUGUUGAUGUGAAUGUGCAUCCCACGAAGCAUGAAGUGCACUUCCUCCAUGAAGACUGUAUCAUUGGAAGCAUUCAGAAACACAUUGAGAGUAAACUACUUGGCUCCAAUUCUUCCCGCACUUAUUUUACACAGACUUUACUUCCUGGGGUGUCAGUAUCUGUCAGUGAUGUAAAAAGCUCAAGCAGUUCAACAGCUGACCCCAGUGAUCGUAACUGUCCCAAUCAAAUGGUGAGAACUGACAGCAAGGCCCAAAAACUAGAUGCUUUUCUACAGCCAGCAAAUAACAUUUCUUCAGUUCCCUGCCUCAUUGCAAGUCUUCCAAAACCUAUCCCAGCUACUGCUAAUUUUGAAGCAGAAAUGAGUGAUGGUCCUGAGAAGUUCCUGGCCAGUGCUGCAAACAGCAUGCAGACUGAUAGUGCACAUGUCCAGUCAGAGGCUCCCCUGAGGAAACGGCCUCAUGUUGAUGUUGACGAGGAAAAGGAGAAUGUGACAUUGGCCUGCAGUCCCCGUAGACGGGUCAUCAGGUUAACCAGCGUGAAGGAGUUGCGAAAUGAAAUCACAGAACAAGCUCAUAAAGGUUUGCAGGAGAUACUACAUAAUCAUUCAUUUGUUGGAUGCGUCAAUCCCCAGUGGUCUCUAGUCCAACACCACACCAAACUGUACCUGUUAAACAACACCAAACUCAGUCAGGAGCUGUUUUACCAGAUUUUGAUGUAUGAUUUUGGUAACUUCGGUGUCCUCUGGUUGUCGAAUCCAGCCCCUCUGUAUGACUUGGCCAUCUUGGCACUGGACUCGGAGGAAAGUGGCUGGACAGAGGAGGAUGGGCCUAAAGAAGGACUGGCCCAGUAUAUAGUAGAUUUCUUGAAGAAAAAAGCUGAAAUGUUGGAAGAUUAUUUCUCCAUGAAGAUAGAUGAGGAAGGGAAUCUGACUGCUCUACCACUUCUGCUAGAUAACUAUAGUCCUGCAAUGGAGGGUCUGCCAUUGUUCAUCCUGCGCUUAGCCACAGAGGUGAACUGGGACAGCGAGAAGGAUUGUUUCCAUGACUUCAGUAAAGAGUGCAGUUACUUGUAUUCCAUAAGAAAAGAGUACACCCUGGAGCCAGAGGCAGGAACAGACCUUGCAGAGGCAGAGGCGAGCUGGCAGUGGAAAGUUGAACACAUUCUCUUCAAAGCAUUGCGCUCUCUCAUCCCACCAAAACACUGUAGUGAAGAUGGCAGUGUCCUCCAUAUAGCCAACCUGCCUGACCUCUACAAAGUGUUUGAGAGAUGCUAAAAACCUGCUGUUGAAAUGAAUAAAUUUAUAAUCUCACGUGUGCUUUGAUGUUAGAAAGCAGUCAGGAAGCCUGUCUUUGUUUACCUAUAUUACCCAUAUACAUAUUCUGUUGUCAUAUUUUAUGGGCUUUGUUACAUGGAUUUUGGCUAUUGAAGAUGAAUAUUUGUAUACAAUGUUCAUACUUUAAGAUGUGUUCACUUUAUAAUGUGUUUAAAACCAAUAAAUAUUUUAUUAUUCA